GGUUGAGUUCCUGACAACCGAGAGAGACAAGAAUACUGAUAUUCGCCCGGUGUGUAUAACGAACCUAUAUGUGGUUUAUAGCAUUUAUACACUGUUUCGGGAUAAUAUUAGACAAGCUCACAGAAGGUAACCUGUAGAAAUCAUUAAAAAUGGAAGCCGAUGACGUUGGUGAGGAAGAAGUAACACUUGGCGAAAACGAAGUGGUUAUUGAGGAAAUGAUGUACCCACAAGGAUCGAGAGUGGUACUCGAUCUAAAUGAUUUAAAACUACCCCGAAUCCCUUCUACAGUUUUCCAGUCUGAUAAAUUUUCUUGCUUAUUUUUGUCGAAUAACAACCUUGAAGAACUUCCAGAAUGUAUUGGUGACCUAGAGAAUUUAGAGGCCCUGGUCAUUUCCAACAAUAAAUUAACGUCGUUAGUUAGUCCAAUUUACUUCUUACCACAUCUUCAGAUUCUGGAUAUUUCCAACAAUGAUAUCGAUGAAAUAACGACUGAGAUAUCCAGUCUGAAAUCUCUGACACAGUUUAUUGCUAACGGAAAUAAAUUGACACAGAUACCGGCCACUUUAGGUCAAAUGACACAACUUAGGGUCCUUGGCUUUAAUGAAAAUCGACUUAAAAACACACCCAACUCUUUCAGUGAACUGACAAAUCUUCAGAUUUUGGGUCUAGAACGAAAUGAACUCGAAUGUCUUAACCCAGUUAUUUGUAAAUUGGAGAGUUUACGGAGACUUGGUCUCUCUGGUAACCACUUGGCGAACCUACCGCGAGACAUUGAGAACUUGACAAAUUUAGAACAGCUUCUUUUAGACGAUAAUGAGUUCGAGUUCAUUCCGAUUCAAAUCUUUUGGAUGGAAGAGCUCAGGGAAUUGGCUUUUUCUGGAAACAACUUGCAAGAAAUUCACCCAGAAAUAGGAAAAUUAAGCAAACUGAAAGUGCUUGGAAUGAACAACAAUAAACUUCAAAAGAUACCAGCCGAGUUGUGUCAGCUAAAACAACUUGAAGUUAUUGGAUUUGAGAACAACGAACUUACAUCUUUGCCUAUAGAUAUAGCAGAAUUAUUCCAGCUUCGACACGUUUAUUUUGGUUCCAACCAAAUUGAAGAGAUAGCAGAGGGAAUCUCUUGGUGUUCAAACAUAGAAAUUCUGAGCUUGGGAAAUAAUCAACUCUCAAAACUACCCCUAGAAUUCGGAAACCUAAAAAAACUUCAAACUUUAACGUUAUCUAACAACAACUACGAGUAUCUGCCCGUGGCUAUGGGAACUGCAAGGGAAAUUGAAGAAUUGGCUUUGGAAGGAAAUCAGCUUCGAGAUUUGCCAGACGAAAUAGCGAACCUUCAGAAACUUCGUCAUAUUAAUCUUUCCAAGAACAAUUUUCGCGACUUCCCAUCUGUUCUUUGCAAGUUGCCUUCUUUAGAAAUACUAGAAUUUGGCGAUAAUAAUAUAUCAGCUGUUCCUGUGGAAAUUUCGAACUUAGAAAAUUUGAAAUUUUUGGACUUGCACCAAAACAACAUUGGUGUGUUUUUGCCAGAAAUGUGCGGUCUCGUUCAAUUAAAAUGCGUGGAUCUAUCAGCAAAUGUUCUAGAGGACAUUCCCGAAGAUGUAUCACAACUUAGUGCUCUAAACGAACUAAAUCUAUCCAACAACAGCUUCCCACAAUUUCCGAAGUCAGUGUUUGCCAUCCCAAAUUUACAGAAAUUGAAUUUUGAUCAGGAAGAGGGUAAUAGGGUGUCUUCUUUACCGGACGAAGUGGAAUUUUCUAAAAUUAACCAUCUUAUUGUGUCCCAUAAUGCCUUACGGCUUUUACCGCGUUCAAUCAAUGGUAUGUCUGAUAUCCGGUCUUUGAUACUGGAUCACAACGAACUUUAUGAAAUCCCAGAAACUCUUUGUGAAAUGAAACAAAUUGAAAUACUCCAUCUUAACGAUAACCGUUUGGCUUGCUUACCGGAAAAUUUUGAUCAUAUGACCGGAUUGAGAGAUCUUCGACUUCAUAAUAACCCUCUUAAAAUUCCACCAAUGGAAGUAUGUGUAAGUGGAGUUCUGCAACCAAUAGGACGAUUCAUAAGAAGAGCUGUAGAAAGAGAGGAAUUACUUCUAACACGAAUGUUUGUUGAGAUGAAAACUGGCUUGAAUAAAAAUGAGCUCAGAUAUCUGGUGAAAAAAUUCAGAUUUCCCGAGGAGAAAAUUAUGGAAAUUGAGCAGAUGUAUAGUGGAAAGGAAAAUCUACCGGAAAGGAUCUAUGCCGCGAUGACGUUUUGGAAGGAGUGUAAAGGAGCCGAGGCUACCAUUGACGAACUGAUACGAGUUUUGCACAUCGUGGGUUAUGAUUCAUUAUCACAAAAACUGUUAGCCAUGAAAAUUUAUUCUCAGCGGCUAAGAUUCUAAACUGGAGGAUAUCCCAAGUUUUCAUAUAAGAAAACCGGUGUAAUUUUAUUUUCUUCAUUUAUGAACUUCUUGAAUUAUAGGGUUUUAAAAUUUUAAAGGGCUAGAUGAAACAAUCUUGGCAACAGCCCACAUUACCCAUUUCUUGUCCAGUGACCAAGAGUCAGUGUUACAAGUUAUUGUCAUUGGCCAUAGUGGGUCAAAAAUAGCCCAUAAAUAUAUGUUAUAAUCCGGUCUUAUAUCCAUACGAUUUUGGAGUUAAAAUGUUAAUUUGAAUCAUCAUUUAUUCGUGGAUUUGGUAGGCAUAUAUUGCCUAAUAUAUCAGUCGAUUUCGAACACGAAUGCAAAUUGUCAUUUAGUUUGAGAACAUACUAGCGUAAACUAGUGCCGCUGUCCGGGCAAACUUUCCUCCAUACGCCAAACACUUUGUCUGAGGGACAUUUUGCUCGGAAAGCGGCGCCACGGCCUUCUCAUAUUUCGAAUUCCAACUGCCAAGAAUCUUUUUCGUGCACACCAAUGUGUAAACGUGACCUCAGUUAUUGGUCCUAUCCGAACGACUAGACAAUGUCUCUAAAUGUAUUAAAUAUUCCGCGGAUUAUUCUUUUGUGAAAGUCGGGAUCCCGCGGCUCGCAAUCUCGAUAGAAAUACAAUUGGCUAGCACUGGGCAGUUUAUAAAUAUGUCAAGGUGAUAGUCUCUGUAUGUCUUCCGAGGGGUUGGAUAGCCGAAUGGUUAGCACGUGCUCGCUGUAUCAUAAGGCCUGUCAUUGAGUCAACUAGCGUGGUUUCGAAUCCCCGGUUGUAUAUGACAAGGCAUAAGGGUGGCCUGUCCAACCUCAUGGGUUUUCUCCGGGUCCUCCGGUUUCCUCCCACCAAGCGAAUUAUUGAAAUAAAAUCGAACCAUGUGUUGGUCCCGAAAUGACCUAGUUUGUGUCGCGUGGACGUCUCUCUCUCUCUCUCUCUAUAUAUAUAUAUAUAUAUAUAUAUAUGUGUGUGUGUGUGUCUUCCAGCGAGCACCAGGUGUUUUGAGGUUUUAAAUGUAGCCGCUUGUACACUAUUGUAUAGCGUUUGAAAUAACACAUUCAUGUGUUAGAAUUAAAAUCACAUUUCAUUUUAGCUGACAAAUAUGGUAGUUUACUUACAUAUUUAAUUGUUAUAGGGAAAUAAAAAAAAGGAGGAACGAAUUUGGAACUUAGUUCUCUGCAUAUACAGUAAGAAACGCCAGAGAUCUUAGGGAUUGAUUGUAUUCCAUCAUACGGUGCGGGCAAAUAACCUAGGUCGCGUAUAGUACACGUAAUUGGUAAUUCAAAGUAGAACAGGUGAAUUCGUUUCCUGUUAAACGUAAGUAUGUUUUUUAGUUUUUUGUUAAAAAUAGUUUUAAGAAUAUAAUUAUAUUUGUUUCAGUAUGUUUUUGUCCAAGGCUACCAAAACUUUACGUUUUCAUUUGCAUAGUGCUAAAAAUAUUAUUGACCUGAUUAUAUGCCAAAUGAUGUUUUUAUAAAAUUGUAUUGUAUUAACGUUAUAAUUAUUAAAUGUUGAUUAAUAUCC